AUGCCCGGUGGACAGCUGUCUCCGGGCUUUCGCCUGGCAGCUGUCCGUGAAGCAGUGCAGGCAGAAAAACUCCUGGAGGCAUCAGCCUGGGCACUUCGCCAGGAGCCAGUCAAGGAGCUGGAGGUGCUGGAGAGCUUGCGAAAGGCUCUCGUCGAGGAGACGGGUCUCAGCUCAAAGUCCGCUCCGCGAGUGAGGGUGGUGGCUGUUUGUGGCGCGGAUGACACCAAGAAGUACCAGAACCUCAAACCCCAGGAGAUGCUGGGGCUGGUGGUCGUGCCGCAGCCCGGCGAGGAGGAGUUUCUUCUGGAGCGCCCCUUGCAACAAGUCUAUGUGUCCGAAGCACCGGCUGGGAAGGGUGGGAAGCUGACCUCCGAGCAGCUUGCCGAAGCCAUCAAAGGUGGCGACUUGGCCUUCGUAGCGGAGGCUCUUCCAGAGACUGUUCUGCGGCUCGUCUUGAGGCCGACCCGUGAGGAGGAAAUGGCCUUCGAGCAGGAUCUUGCGAAGCUUCUGCCACAGGUCCCGGACAGCGCUUGGCCUGCCGGAAAGCUGAUGCAGAAGCUUUUGGCCUAUGACCACGAGGGCACGCUGGCUCUUCUCAUUCUCAGUGAUGCCAUGGCGCCCGCCAUGAAGUGCCAUGUAGAUUUGUUGGAGAAGGCCAGGGAAAGACUAGAACAGAGAGGCUAUAGGGUAGUCGGCAUGUGGCUCUCGCCCUGGAACGAAACCAGGGUCGAGUCCUCCGGCCGUGGCACGUCUGGGCUGAGCCGCGAGUUCCGCCUGCAGAUCGCACAACAUCUAGCGAACUCCCAUGAGUCUCUGGAAGUUGCGUCCUGGGAGCUUUCUCAAGAAGGGAAACCGACGGCGAUCCAGGCCGCCACCCCGACUAUUCACUUGGUUGUCCGGUUGACAAGCAGCUACAGUAUGGGUCAGCAAUGA